CAAAGAGAUUUUUUGGCAUGAAAAUGCUUUGAAGUCCCAGAAAAUUCCAGGAGUUUCCUGUUAACAAGCCUGGGGUAUAAUGUAAAGCAGGAGUGUGAGUCUGUGUGCAAGGAGAGGAGAGUCUCCCCAGUCAGUCUCUCUCUGCUGGUGAGAGGGGUUAACAUCACUGCAGUCUUUGCUGUCAUUUUACCUUUGAGAUUCAUAUCUGAUUUAGUCCACCUGUUUUUUAAGGACACAGAAUGCUUCAGCAUUUAGUAGGGUUCAAAGUAUGCAGAUUUCUCAGCGGGGGAGUUUUGUGACUGACGAUCUAGAGCUUGUAAACUCUUUUAAUCACUUUUAAACAGCUGGUGAAUCAAUCUUGUCUGUUUCAGAUGCAACGCUGCCACCUAAGAGUGGUGAACACAGUGCUACACAAAUGUGUUUUUUAGCCAGAGGAGGAUUUGUGUGCUGUUAACCACUACAACUCGACUGUGUCAAUAAGGAUGUUUCAUUUUUAUAACUCACACUGGCCUCUGCUGUUGUUCGCUGCCCUGUGGAGCCUCAGCUCCCCAAGUUUGCUUACCGCCUGGUCGGGCAUCGGUCGGAGCAAGCCCAAGGAUCAGCUGGACCCUAAUGUAAGGGACUGGGGAGACUAUUCAGACCUCCCUCCAGGAAUCGAGCAGGGGUUGGGGUUGGAUGAAGACGGAGAACAUGGAGACAACAGAGGACUUGGAGAAUCGUCAUCAAGCCUGGCUUCGGAGCUGGAUUUCCUGGCUGACUUUGCAGGUAAAAAGCGACUGUGGGUGAUAACAGCCCCAUCACACAAUGACCACUACCUUCUUAUGAUGGAGAAACAGCUGGAAGACAUGGAGCAGAAAGGGCUGAACUGCCGUCUAGCAGAAAGAGACACAUUCAUCAUCACCAUCAUCCAGAACGCCAUGAUGGAAGGUCGAAUCCAGAAAACAACUUUCCAAGGAGAUGCCACAGUAGAGAGUCUGGACCCUGACACAGUUACCAAACUGCUGCACUACCUGGAGCUUAACAGCCAGGAACAAGAGUUCACCAUGCUGGUUCUGAAGAAGAACCUUCGGGUCAGUGAGCGCUUCCCUUAUCCUGUCCGUGUUGAGGCGAUUUUGGAGCUCAUUGAUCAGUUCCCAAUGAGGAAGCUGGAGAAGAUGACGAGAAAAGGAUCCAACUUGAGGUGUAAAACCACUAAAAAGAAGGUUGUGAUGAAAAGGAAGAAGAUGGUACUGAGCCCUCAGAGGCGAGGGAAUGUGGCUUCUGUUGUGGCACAAAGAAAACCUCCCCUGGACAAAAAAGCUGCCCUGAAGAGCAAGAUCCAGGAUAUACUGAGUGGACGGUUGAGGUUUGUUAUCCGUAAGGUGCCUGCUGUGGGGUCCACGAGGGGAAAAGACUUGAGCAGUGGUGGUCGGGCCACUUCUAACGGACAGGAAAAAGUGCACAACCCUCCAUCAGUGUCUGAAGUGAAGAAAGACAGGCCUGACUCUACUGUGGAAGAAGGAAAGAAAAGACAUGGAGGGAAAAACAGUGAAGAUCAAAAAGAGGAGAAUGUAAAGGGUGACACACAGGAAAAACAGAGCUCUAAGAAAAAGGGCAAAGGGAAAAAAGGGAAGAAAGGGAAAGGAAGAGGGAAAAAGACCAACAGAGAGGCCAGUGAGAAGGAUAAAACAGCCCUGAAGAAGUUUUUGGACAGUUUAAAGGGGACAAGAAGGUUAAUGUUGAUCUCAACGCCUAGCAGAGAUGCAGCACUGUACAUCCAGCAGAAAGAGGAGAACGAGAAGCAGCACUGUAACCUCGCUAUCAGGAAGAUCACCGUGGCGACCAUUGUGGGUGAAGGAAGAGACGCUGUGCUCAUGCUGCAGCACCACCAACUAGAGUCAGAGCCUCCACUCAGCGACCAAUCAGAACAUUUCUCAGACUCAGGCCUGAUCUCGCUGUUGAGAGCAGAGCUCGGCCUCUCGUCCUCUGAGCUCUUUUCCAUGACCGUCUCAGACUACGACAUCAAGCCCAAUAGAGUCUUUGAGGCUCCUCCAUCAACUCCUGCUCUGUUCGAGUACAUUGACAACUUUCCCUCAAGGCGCUCAGAAAAGGAAAAGGAAAGGAAGAGUCCUAUGGUCUGCUCCAAAAACAAGCAACAGCCUGGAGCUGAGAAUUCACUGCUCAGGUUCAUGUCUAAGAGGAGACUGCUGCUUAUCUCUGCUCCCUCUGAGGACGACUACUCCUUCCAACAGCAGCUCUCUGCUCUCAGUGGACAGGAGUGUCCCCUGGGUAUUCGCCACUUUGCCAUGUUGAAGCUGACUGGAGCUGGAGACAAAGCGUCAGGAAAAGUUGAGCUAUUUCCCCUAAAUGGUCGUAGUCAGAGUGAAGUUGAGCCAUUAUCCCGUGACACUGUCAACAAUCUGAGAGAACAGCUGAAGAUCAGUAAGGACUAUUUCAGCAUGCUUGUUGUGGGGAAGGACGGCGAUGUCAAGGCCUGGUUCCCAUCACCCAUGUGGUCCCUGGAUAACAUCUACGACCUGGUGGACUCCAUGGAGCUCCGCCUCCAGGAGGAGAAGCUGCAGAAGAGACUGGGGAUCCACUGCUCUGAGGACAGAGGGAGAGGAGGCAUUGAAGAGGGUCAUUAUCGAGGCUAUGAUGAAGACAGGGUGGAGGAGACGUACUUGUAUCACUGGUCAGAGUGAUGAGAAAGAAGGAGGAAGAAGAUGCAGUGCUGAAGUGCUACCUAAAAUCUUGAGAUGACACAGCACAUACAUGAACACAUACAGUAGAUUACACAUAAGCAAACUAAUAAACAAAGACUUCAAAAACUCAUCUUCAGGACUCACAUGAUUCAAUUUAUAAAUUCUAAAUAGAUGAUGAUGCAUUUGUUGGACACCACAAUAAUAAGCUGAAUAUUUUAUGUUUGCAAGUAAUACAUCUGAAAAGCAGAGCAGAAAAUAUUGGAAUGGUUUCAUUCAACAAAGUCUUAAUGAAAGCAUAUGUGCAUCCCUCCACUGUUUAAUUUUUAGAAAAGUUGGUGCUCUGUUAUUAUUUGCUGAUUACAGCAACAGUGAAGCAGGAAGACAGUCCAUCCAGGGCCGAGCAGAAUGUGCUUUUUGGCAACACUUCUGUCCAGUCUUUUUCAAUCACAUUCAUUGUGGAAAGUAUACAAAUGGAAAGUUUCUUUGUUGAAAUGUUGUGAUGCUGAAAUUGAAACUGUAUUUAAAGGAAACACAUGUUCUUUUCUUGAACUCUGAGCUAAACAUCUGUUUUUUAAAGAGCUGCGGUCUUCAGACACCUCAGGGUCAGUAAAUACUGAACUUUUUGCAUGCCUCAGGACAUUAUUCUAUAACAGUAAUAAUAAUCACAUUUGCAUGUUGGCGUGAUGUACCUCCCACAGUCCAAAAAUUGGCAGCCAGGCAGAUUGGAGAUUUCAGAUUGUGUCACGUUAUGGAUGAUGGAUGAAGGGGAAAGAUCCUGGUGAGUGCCUUCCAUCCAGUGCAUCCUGGAAGAGUCUGCACGCCACAACCUGCUGUGAGCCGUAGUAGGUGUAUGUCGGUAAAUGAGUGAAUGUUAUAUGUCACACACCAUCUUCUCUCAUAACCCUAAACUAUACAUUUCUGUUACAUAGACAGGAAAACAACCAUGUAUUGCAAAUGUCAAAGAAUGGAUAUCCCAAAAUUUCCUUCAGGUAGACAAAACUCUAUGUUUUCUCUACGAGCUCUGCGUUAAUGGUCCUGAAACUAAAAAGUCAGAAAAAAAUGUUUUCUCCUGUUUCAGGCGUGGCUAAAAAUCUACACUUGUUGCUACCACAGUCAGCUGGCUACAAGGCAGGAUAUGACAAUGAUCUUCAAAGCUUUAUGUGCUGCAUGUCUGUGCAUGGCCACUGACAACCUAACAAAAUAAUAAACACAUUUUCACAAAA